UCUAAAAACAUUCAAUUUUUUGGGCGUUUUUCCUUGAGAAAAUCAGAAGUCAAAACCUUGAAAGCUCUGUUUUUGUUUUUCAAUCUCCCUCUUUCCUCUACCAAGGUUAUUCUCAUGACGAAAUUUGUUUGGGCUUAAGCGUUGGUGUUUUCAAGCCUGCAAAACUGAUAGCUUUAUCAAGCAUUAUGGCACCAAACCCCAGACUUAAGCAGGCCUUCCGCGCUAUGGAGGAAAUAGGGAUAAGCAAGGAAAAAGUGAAACCGGUAUUGAAGAAGCUUCUUAAGCUGUAUGACAAGAAUUGGGAGCUAAUUGAAUCAGAGAAUUAUAGAGUUCUUGCUGAUGCUAUCUUUGAAGAGGACGAUAGUAAGGUGCCACAACAUGAAGCAGACAAGAACAGCGAUGAGGAAGAUAUUGAGGAAGAAGGUUCUGUACCUGUUGAAAUUGUACACCCCUUAAAAAGAAGACGCCUGAGAAAAAAGUAUGAUCAGGAAUCAUGUUCUCAUAGAAAUGACAGCUCCGAUGGGGGUGGAACCCUUUUUAAAAAGCCUAAAGUUGAGGAGGAUGAACUACCUCCUGCUCCUUUGCAACAGCAGCCACUUCAGUGUAAUGUUGAAAAUAUAAGGGCAGAAUCUCUGCCUGCUUCAGUUCGACCUGUUUCAUCUCGGCCUACUUCUCCUGCUCCUGUUUUACCCCAUCAAGGUGGUAGGAAUAAAGGGAAGCAAACUGUAGAACCUAGUCCUCCGGCGGUACAAGAAAGACCUGAACCAAAUUCACAUUUAUCUCAAAUGCAUGUCAGAUACAAAGGAAAGGAACCUAUAUCAGCUCAUGUUGCUUCAGAUCGGAAUGGCCUUCAGCGAGCAUCUCGAGCAUUGUGCAUUAAAGAGCCAGCACCUGAGCCUGGUAUUAGUCCUAAAAUAAGUUUGCCAGUUACUCAUGCUUUGAUAAUUCCCAAGGAAGAGCCGAUUACUGAUGACAUUCCCGUGGAUGAGAUUCCUAUUGCAGUUAUUCACCCAGAUUCAUUAAGCGAAAGAGGUUUGUUAGCGGGGGACUUUUCAACUGCAAAACCAAAUUGGCAGGAACCUCCAGAAUCCCUGCAUGCAGAUAAAACUGUAGGAGGUGCUGCUUCAGCUUCAAAGAGUGAGAGGCAUGGCAGCUGUGACCUUACUACCGUUCCUAAAGAAAUUCCUUCUAGUCUUGAAAUUGCCUCAACGCCAUUGGGAGAGGUGAAGAUUUCUAUAAGCUACAAUUCUGCUCUUGGAAGACCAAAUUUCCAAUUGCCUAGUGUAGAUGAACUUAGAGAACUGAUGGAACAGAGGUGCCUCCGGUCAUAUAAACUCAUUGACCCUAAUUUUGAUGUAUUCAAAGUUUUAAGUGAUAUGUGUGAGUGCAUAUUGGAAUUGGCAACUAAUUCCACUAAAAAAUUACAAGAAGUUAAUGUGAUACCGGCUCUUGAUGUAUUGAAGCAAUCUCCUGCAAGGGAUGCUCUUAAUGCUGUGAGCAAUACAGAAAAUGGUUGCUUGCUAGGUAGGAUGUCAAAUGAAUCUUUCAAUGUUCAGUGCUCUAGAAACGGAUGUGUUGACAAUGUGGGUGGGGAGGAAUUGAUGGUUGUUCCGCAGCAUGGACUUACACCUGAUGAAAUAAGGUGGCUUCAUGAUGCAAUUGACCUAACAAGGGGGAAAGAAAAAGUUCAAAUUUCGUGGGUAAAUGAAAAUAGUAAAGAUUUUCCACCACCAUUUCAAUAUAUAUCAGAGAAUCUGGUCUUUCAAGAUGCUCGUGUUAGAUUUUGUCUUUCCGGGAUUGGAGAUGAAAGUUGUUGUCAGACAUGCUUUGGGGAUUGUCUCUUGUCUCAGCAGCUUUGCUCAUGUGCUUGUUAUUCUGGGGGAAAUUUUGUAUAUACGUUAGCAGGUGUUCUGAAGGAGGAUUUCUUAGAAGAGUGUAUAACUAUGACUCGUGAUCCUCAACAACAAUGUUUCCUUAGUUGCGCAGAGUGUCCCCUUGAGAGAUCAAAGAAGGAUGACGUUCCAGAAUCUUGCAAAGGUCACCUAAAGAGAAAUGUUAUAAAAGAAUGUUGGAGCAAAUGUGGCUGCAAUAAGAGAUGUGGCAAUCGGGUGGUGCAGAGAGGUGUAAAUUACAAAUUGCAGGUGUUUCUGACACCUGAUGGAAAAGGUUGGGGCCUUAGAACUCUAGAGAAGCUCCCCAAAGGAGCUUUCGUUUGUGAGUUUGUUGGAGAAAUACUCACCAUCUCCGAGUUGUAUGCAAGGAACAGAGAAAAACAUGCAUCUCCAGUCCUUCUAGAUGCCUAUUGGGGGUUGAAGGGAGUUUCCACAGAUGAAGAAGCUCUCUGUUUGGACGCCACAUGCUAUGGAAAUGUUGCUAGGUUCAUCAAUCAUAGAUGCUUUGAUGCAAACUUGAUUGAGAUUCCUGUUGAAGUCGAGUCUCCAGAUCUUCAUUACUAUCAUAUAGCCUUCUUCACAACGCGAGAAGUUGAUGCACUUGAAGAGCUGACUUGGGAUUAUGGACUUGACUUUGAUGAUCUUGAUCAUACUGUUAAGCAAUUCCAGUGCGGAUGUGGCAGUACGUUUUGCAGGGACAUGAAACGUUCAACUAGGUCUAAAUCUGCCAUGAUCACCAGAUGAACUAAUUAUUGGUAAGGGAAAUGUUUUGCCAUUUUUGUUGAUAGGUUGUUUUGGAACAGAGAUCCAAGGCACGUUCGGAACCGAACCAUCUUCGGAAAAAAAAAACGAGAGCUAGUUAUCUCGAUUAAGUCUGUAGAUAUAGUAAACCAUGUAAAUAUGGUUUGAAUACUGGGACCAAAAAUGUCUGAAUGAUGAAAACUCCGGUGCCGGUGGCAAUUUAAAUGGGCUAGUCUGGUUUCCCUUUGAAAACACUGUUACAUA